UCCUUAUUGGAUAUUCCUUGACAACAACAACAACACGCUUCACCAUCUUGUAUACUUCCGUCAAUUUUCUCGUAAAACAGUUUAUUUCUCCUCCUCCUGGACAUUACAGCAAGUGUUUGGUGAGUUAUUAAGAUACUGUGAUGUUACAUCUCAAGACCAAGUGUAAUUAAGUAGAAGUUCACAAUGUCAAGCAGAGAUAAAAAGUUCUCCUGUGAGGAAUGUGGCAAACAGUUUUGCUUAAAGUCUACUCUUCAGAAACAUUUACUUGUGCACAAUGGUAUGAAGGAGUUUGAAUGUGAGGAAUGUGGGAAACAUUUGUCAUCUAAGAGUCAUCUCAAAAGACACAUUCUUGGACACAGUGGUGUAAGAAAUUUUGAAUGUGAGGAAUGUGGAAAAUGUUUCUCCCAGAAGAGAUAUCUCAAGGCACACAUUCUUGGACACAGUGGUAUUAAGAAUUUUGAAUGUGAGGAAUGUGGGAAACAUUUUGCAAAAAAGGGUACUCUCAAAACACACAUUCUUGGACACAGUGGUAUAAAGAAGUUUAAAUGUGAGGAAUGUGGGAAACAUUUUACAGAAAGGGGUACUCUCAAUACACACAUUCUUGGACACAGUGGUGUAAAGAAAUUUAAAUGUGAGGAAUGUGGGAAGCAUUUUGCACAAAAGGGUACUCUCAAAAGACACAUUCUUGGACACAUUGGCAUAAAGGAGUUUAAAUGUGAGGAAUGUGGGAAACAUUUUGCACUAAAGUUUACUCUAAAGACACACAUUCUUGGACACAGUGGUAUAAAGGAGUUUAUAUGUGAGGAAUGUGGGAAACAUUUUGCAGAAAGGAGUACUCUCAAUAAACACAUUCUCGUACACAGUGGUAUAAAAGAGUUUAAAUGUGAGGAAUGUGGGAAACAUUUUGCACGAAAGAGUGCUCUCAAAACACACAUUCUUGGACACAGUGGUAUAAAGGAGUUUGAAUGUGAGGAAUGUGGGAAAUGUUUCUCCCGGAAGGAAAAUCUCAAACGUCAUAAACGUGUGCAUGAAAAAAACAGAAUUCAUUAAAUGUUUGAAUGACUUUAACAGAAGGUAAAUGUGACUCAUAAACUUGAAUACAGUGAUAUACAUCAAUAUAAAACCACUUGAACAAACUCUAUGAAUGUAGCAGAAAUAAAGACAAGUGACAAAUGCCACUUUUAUAGAUAUUAAACACCAGUUAUAAUUAUCUGCUCUCAGAUGUAAAUUUCUUCUACCAUGGCCUUAGUACUUUACCAUGACAUGAUAGAAUAUGUUAGAAAAAUAAACUUGUGUUAGUUGAGGGGUAUCCUAUGAGUCUAGUAGAACUUGUACAAUAAUGUUGUUAACAUGUAAUGGUCACAUGUAGACCCAGCCAUGUUGAUUUGGCUUGGUCAAGUCAGGUGAUGUUGUUGACUUAGUCAUGUCCUGUUGUCACCUGUGUAUUGUACUAACAUGUACUGUACAUUACCAUCUGUGAUGUACUAACAUGUACUGUACAUUACCAACUGUGAUGUACUAACAU